ACGGAGAUAGUAAUAAUAGAAAACUAUGGAGUAGAAAUUACACCAUAACUUCACAAACAACAAAUUGACAAUCGACGCGCAAUAGUACAAAAAUAAUUAAUUAAUACAACAAAACAAUCUUGUAACGCUACACGUUACAUUCAUGUCGGUCCCCCAAUCCCCCUUUAAAUACACUCCAAAUCCCUAACCCUUUCAAAUCACCUAUUCUUCUCUUUCCGAAUCCUUCCUUUUCCCUUUUCCCUUUUCCCUUUUCCCAUCACUUUGAUUCCUCCAACAUCAUAUCCUCCAAUUUUUGUUCCAUUUUCUCCAUAAACGUUAACAACAUUUAUCAUCUCCGAUUCCCCAUUAUUUUAUAAUCGCAACGUAUUCCUUUUAAAAAUUAUCGUUUACACCCGCCGUUAGUUGAUGAUUCUAUUUCACUACUUUACUCUAAUUUUAUUCCUCUUGGCCACUCAAUUUAUUACCCCCAUCUUCACCAUGCCUGAAAAACGCAACUUCUCUUCAUUUUCUCUCUCCUCAAAUCGAUCACAACAACAACAACAACAAUCUCCAUUAAUGGGUGUUUCAUCAAAUUCCAAGAAAUUGCGAAGACUUCCUCAUGUGUUCAGCAAAGUGUUGGAGUUACCAUUUGAUUCUGAUGCCGAUGUUGUCGUUGAAGAACGACAUGAUUGUUUUAAGUUUACGGUUGAAGAUGAUGCCGGUUUUGCUGGAGUUGGGUAUAGUAGUGGCGUUAAAGCUCAUGUUGUUGAGGUUCAUCCUGGCAUUACCAAAGUUGUUAUUAGGAGUAGAGAGAAUUUGUCUCGGCCGAUCGUUGAUGAGCUUGAGCUUGAUGUGUGGCGGUUUCGGCUUCCGUCGUCUGCGCGCCCGGAGCUUGCCACCGCGGUUUAUACUCGUGGGGAGCUUGUUGUGAUUGUGCCCAAGAAUGGUUGGGGUGAGAUGGAUAGGAGGGGCGGUGAUUGUAAAGGUGGGUUUAAGGGUAAUAUGGGUAAUCUUAUUAUUGUUCAAUAAUAGGCUCGUUACGGAGCACGGAUUCUACCAUGUACUCGGGUGCGCCUAGAGCAGGUGUAAGCUAAUUGCUCUCACUUGUAAAUGAAAUAUCUAAUUUUUUUUAUGAGGUAGAACUACUAAGUUUAAAUUCCUUCAUUUUAUUGGGUGUGCCUUAAAUGAAGUUGAAUAUGGGUAAAUUCAAGUUUUUCUAUGAGAUAAACUUAUAAAUAUAUCUCCUGGACUCCCUCGUCGAGUAUAGGACAACAUUUUCUUA